UAAAGUCGCCUAUUUGAAUUCUAUUAUCUGAGCUAGCACUCAAGUAAUCUUCGCAAUCAUUCAUUUGAGAAGUAAGAAUAGUGUUGCCAACUAGUUAGAAAGAGAGAUUCAUAAAUAGAAAUCUAUCACAUUUAAGUCUUAGCACACAUGGUGAUGACAUCUUUAAAGGAGAAACUCAAGUCAGAACCCCUAGAUAAACAGGAUAUGAUUUAAAAGAAGAAAUUGUUACAAUUUGAAAUCUCGUUUAUAAGCAAAGUAACUGAAUAUAAUAUAUCAAGCGUUUAAUUUAAACAGUGGUAUGCACAUCUCAUAGUUAAACAAAAAACUAAAAGUAUAAAUUUAUCACUAGUACAUUUUUAGUAAUUCUCAUAAGAUGAAUCAUACUCUUAAAGAUAAAAGGAAGGCUGCCGCAGGUGCUUUUCUAUCUGGCUAGCCAGUCUUGCUGUUUUGUCCGGCAUUCAUUCAAAGCCUACCAAGUGUGAAUGUUUUUACAAUUCCUUUUUAAUAGAAUAUUGCCAAGUUUUAGUUUUAUGAUUAAGACUAAAAGAUGCAAGAGUAGGCAUUAAUAUAACCUCUCUAAUUUAAGAAUUAAUAUAGGUAGAGAUGUUCUGCUGCAAUUACAGAAAUUAAGCUGGGUAAAAUAAUUGGCAUCAAAAUAACAAUGUCUAUAAUGGAGCAUUUACUUUUGAAUAAUAAGAGUACAGAGUAAUCAUAAACAGUGAUGAGAUCACUAGAUGUAUUUUGUACAAGAAAAAUUUGGUUCCAGAUAUAGUUCUCGCACCAAUAUCAAUAUUGCGAUAAAGAUAUUAUUAAUAUUUAUAGGGAUAGUUAUAUACUGAUAUAAAAGAGUCUCAAUAUUAUGAGAUCCAGUAACAAAAAUAAUGAUGUGAGUCGAAGAGGACUUUUGGAAUUGUUUAGAAAAAAUUUUACUAAACUUUAAGGAUUAACAAUAUGUCAUAAGCACUCUCUGGAGUACAUCCUUUUUUAGAGAAAUUUUCCUCUAAACUUUUGGGAUAUUUACUUCUUAUAAUGUUGUAAGUUUUUCGUGUAUACUAGAAAAUUAAAGAGUUGUAUUUCCUCUUUCGCUUGCCUGUAAUUAACUUUCAUUAGAAAAACAAUCAUAUUGUACCAUCAAUUUAAACUAUAGCACAGAUUGUCUCUCCAAACAAUUUUGUAUUUUCUCUUAAAGUUGUAAAGAAUUUGUUAAAAGUACUGAUAGUGUUCUUGACGCAUCAUUAGAAUUGACAUCAGCGUCUGUACAUUUGAUUCUACUUAUCAUCAUGAUCGCACUUGUAUAAAUUGCACAUAUAUCUAAGAAUUCUAACCUUUAAUUCUUCAUGCUUGAGCAUAUAUAUUUAAACUUUGCUGGCUGCUGUAUUGCAAAACUUUCCCAAUAAAAGUGCUGCCCCAUCUGCUUUUUCUAGCCUUUUUGUUUACAACCAUUACUAAUGCUAUAUAUUUAUGAUGAAAAUUUUGGACAUUUAGUUCAUUGUAUUCAACUCUAAGUCUUCAUAAAGAAAAAUCAAAAAAAAAUUUCUACUGCUAUCAAAACAAAGCACUAUCAAAAGUGCUUAACCAUAAUCUCAUUGUAUAUCCGACUUGUCUUAAUAUAUAUAUAACGCUGUUUGUGUUUACUUUGUAGGUACAUUAAAAUAUGAUUUGUAACCAGCAACAUC